UCUUCUGCUGCUGUUUUGUUGUUGUUGUCGAUUUACGCAAAUUCGUUCUAAGAAUAGCAUUCAAAACAGCAAAAAAAGAAAAACAAAACAAAAACUGAAAAUAUUAUUUUUGAGUUGCAGGUGUGCGCUCAUUUGACUUGAAGGGGACCGGCCCCCAGGUCUCUGGGGCCCCUAGUUGGCCAGUGUCAGUUGAACUAAUGUUGUGAUUGGUUUCGGGGGAUCUCCUCUUCUUUUUUCCUAAUAAUUUUGCAUCAUGGCAACUGAAACUACCACUGAGAGUCUUACGAAAACAACAAGCUCAAAGCCACUUCCAGCCAUUAAGCGUGGUCAGCGGAUUUUGACUGAAAAGCCAUUCGCUUUUGUGCUAAAAUCCAAAUAUCGCCAACAACGUUGCGACAAUUGCCUGGAAGAGGGCAAGGUUCGCAAGUGUUCCAACUGCCGUUAUGUAUACUAUUGCAAUCGGGCAUGCCAGACUCAAGCAUGGCUAAUGCAUAAACACGAGUGUCCAUUCCUUAAACGUAGCUAUCCACGCAUAGUGCCCGAUGCUGCUCGCAUGCUUUGCCGUCUAAUCCUGCGACUCGAACACGGCGGCGAUUUAAUACGUGGCUAUUAUACCGAGCAUGGCUCACGCAAAUUUCGGGAUCUUAUGUCGCAUUAUGCGGAGAUUAAAAAUGAUCCUAAACGACUGGAGCAUUUGGAGUCAUUGCAUGCAGUUCUUACGGACAUGAUGGUCGAUAGCCCUAGCACAGUGCCAAAUAAAACGGAACUGAUGAGCAUUUACGGACGUCUAAUCACAAAUGGUUUCAAUAUAUUGGAUGGGGAAAUGAAUUCGAUUGCAACGGCUAUUUAUUUGGGCGUCUCAAUCACAGAUCAUAGCUGCCAACCAAAUGCUGUGGCCACCUUUGAGGGCAAUGAACUACAUAUCUAUGCCAUAGAGGAUAUGCCCUGUUUGGAUUGGUCGAAAAUCUUCAUAAGCUACAUCGAUCUAUUAAACACGCCGGAGCAGCGUCGUCUCGAUCUGAAGGAGCAUUAUUAUUUUCUAUGCGUAUGCAGCAAAUGCACUGAUCGACAGGAGCAACGUGAAAUGGAAGCUGCUGUCUGUCCAUUUCGUAAAUGUGGCUCAAGUAUUAAUGUGAAAUGGACGCACUGUCGCAACUGCCAGGCGGGUAUAACACCAAAACUCAGAAAUACCUAUAAUGAAGUCAUGGCGAUGACCAAACACCAUCUAGAAUCCAUGAAAGAUGUGGCUUAUCUUGAUGUCUGCAAAGUUUGUUUGGAUAAGCAGACCGGUGUACUGCAUCCGUUAAAUGUUUGGCAUGUAAAGACUCUGGAUGCAGCAUUCGAGGCGGCCAUUGAGGUCGGCAAAUGGCCAGAGGCAUUAAAUUAUGGGCAACAACUAUUGCAGGGAUUUCGUAAAUACAAUGGUCCAUGGCAUCCACUUCUGGGUCUGCUGCACAUGAAACUUGGCAAAAUUCAAUUGUACGAAGGUCAAUGCAAGGAGGCAAUGCAUCAUUUCGAGGAGGCUCGACGCAUUUUGUGUGUGACCCAUGGACGAGAGCAUCGUCUAAUUGGCGAGCAGCUGUUGCCCCUGGUUCAACAGGCGCAAAUGGAAUUGCAGCAACAAAUGUACAGACAAUAAACGAUUCAAAUCAGACAUAGGCCCAAUAUCCCACAUUUUCAAAACAUUGAAUCUAGUUUACUGCGUGCAUGCGCGUGUGUUUGUGUAUAUAUGUAUAAUUCACUGUAGACAAAUAUAUAAAUUAAAAUUAUAAGCUUA